GGUUACAGCCGCCUGCACCAUAUACUCUGCAUCUUCCAUUUUAGUAUACUCUUCCUUGUUCUGUGUUCCCCAUGAUCAGCGCAUCUCCACGAUCGUGUAGCUUCUCCCCAUGAACAUGAAGUCCCACAAGGGCCAUACGUCUUCUCCGAGGCGCUCGGCCGCCAUUGCGGCGCCGGUCGCCUUCCUGCUGUUCCUCGGGCUCGUCUCGCUCUACGACUUGACCCUCUCCGACCGCCGCUAUCUGAGCAUCUAUGGCGGCACCUCUUCAUCCUCCUCCUCCUCGUCGGUGGCGUCUUCGUCAUCGGCUCCGGCCUGCGACCUCACGCGGGGCGAGUGGGUACCGGACGCCGCGGAGGCGCCGUACUACACGAACCUGACGUGCCCCUUCAUCGACGACCACCAGAACUGCAUGAAGUUCGGCAAGCCGAGCCUCGAGUUCAUGCGCUGGCGGUGGAGGCCCGACGGCUGCGAGCUCCCCCGCUUCGACGCGGCGGCGUUCUUGCACGCCAUGAGGGGCAAGUCCGUAGCUUUCGUCGGGGACUCCCUUGCCAGGAACCACUUCAAGUCGUUGCUCUGCAUCUUGUCCACGGUGGCGCUGCCGGUGGAGGUCGGGACGGAUCCGGAGAUCGACGUGACGGGGAGGGCCGUCCGGCGGGACUACUACUACGGCAGCCACGACUUCACCGCCUCCCUCUUCUGGUCGCCCUUCCUGGUCAAGGCCAACAUCUCGAACGCCACGCUCGGCAUGUGGGACGUGCACCUCGACGAGCCGGACGGCCGGUGGGCGGCGCACGUUGCCGACUUCGACCACGUCGUCCUGUCCGGCACCAACUGGUUCCUGCGCCAGUCCGUGUACUACGAGGGCGGGCGCCCCGUCGCGUGCAACGGCGGCGCCAGCUGCGGCGUCGGCGGCAACCUGACCGAGCUGGCCGUGCCCCUCGCCCUGCGCGCGGCGUUCCGGACGGCGCUCGGCGCCGUCGCGUCGCACAAGGGGUUCAGCGGGAAGGCGAUCUUGCGGACGUUGACGCCCGCGCACUUCGAAAACGGCGGGUGGAACACCGGCGGCGACUGCGUCCGCACGCGCCCGUACCGCCGCGGUAACCGCACCCUAGGCGCCUUCGAGGCCGAAUACCGCAGCGCGCAGGUUGAGGCGCUGAGGGAGACGAAGGCGGCGGCGAGGACGAACGGCGCGGAGCUGCUGUUGCUGGACAUCACGGAGGCGAUGGACCUUCGGCCGGACGGUCACCCGAGCCGCUACGGGCACCCGCCGGGCGGGAGCGUGGAGGGCGACUUCGUCGUGGACUGCCUGCACUGGUGCUUGCCGGGGCCGAUUGACCUGUGGAGCGAGCUGCUGUUCCAGAUGCUCCUGCCACAGCAUUAGCAGGAGAUCGAUGAGUUCAGAUGAUCGUGAAACGUGAGAUGAAAUCGUCUCUAGAAACGAGGCAUCAUCUCAUUCAUUUUUCCAGAGGUGAAGCAGUUGUGUAAAUUCAAAGGGUAAUCUAGCUAGUAGUGUUCGUCUCGGUAUUGGGUUGUACAAAUGCGUCGGAUCGUGUGGUCGCUUAAUAUAUGGCCGUACUGAUUCUACAAAGGAUAAUAUACUACGGCCGUGAUUCUUUGA